CAUCUCUUUAAGAAUUUUCCACAGUUUGUUGUGGUCCACACAGUCAAAGGCUUUGGCAUAGUCAAUAAAGCAGAAGUAGAUGUUUUUCUGGAACUCUAGCUUUUUCGAUGAUCCAGCGGAUGUUGGCAAUUUGAUCUCUGGUUCCUUUGCCUUUUCUAAAACCAGCUUGAACAUCUGGAAGUUCAUGGUUCAUGUACUGUUGAAGCCUGGAGUGAAGAAUUUUGAGCAUUACUUUGCUAGCAUGUGAGAUGAGUGCAGUUGUGCGGUAGUUUGAGAAUUCUUUGGGAUUGGAAUGAAAACUGACCUUUUCAGUCCUGUGGCCACUACUGAGUUUUCCAAAUUUGCUGGCAUAUUGAGUGCAGCACUUUCACAGCAUCAUCUUUUAGGAUUUGAAAAAGCUGAACUGGAAUUCCAUCACUUCCACUAGCUUUGUUCGUUGUGAUGCUUCCUAAGGCCUACUUGACUUCACACUCCAGGAUGUCUGGCUCUAGGUGAGUGAUCUCACCAUCGUGAUUAUCUGGUUCUUGAAGAUCUUUUUUUGUAUACUUCUUCUGUGUAUUCUUGCCACCUCUUCUUAAUAUCUUCUGUUAGGUCUGUACAAUUUGUGUCCUUUAUUGUGCCCAUCUUUGCAUGAAAUAUUCCCUUGGUAAUUUUCUUUUGAAGAGAUCUCUAGUCUUUCCCAUUCUAUUGUUUUCCUCUAUUUCUUUGCAUUGAUCACUGAGGGAGGCUUUCCUCAUUGAGCACUGGAGAAGCCCUAUACAGUCAGCAAAAACAAGACUGGGAGCUGAUGGUGGCUCAGAUCAUGAACUCCUUAUUGCCAAAUUCAGACUUAAAUUGAAGAAAUAGGGAAAACCACUACUCCAUUCAGGUAUGACCUAAAUCAAAUCCCUUAUGCCUAUACAGCGUAAGUGACAAGUAGAUUCAAGGGAUUAGAUCUGGUAGAGUGCCUGAAGAACUGUGGAUGAAGGUUCGUGACAUUGUACAGGAGGCAGUGAACAAGACCAUACCCAAGAAAUGCAAAAAGGCAAAAUGAUUGUCUGAGGAGGCCUUACAAACAGCUAUGAAAAGAAGAGAAGCGAAAGGCAAAGGAGAAAAUGAAAGAUAUACCCAUUUGAAUGCAGAGUUCCAAAGAAGAGCAAGGAGAGAGAAGAAAAAAUACUUCAGAGAAGAUGGUGAAUUAGAAGAUGGUGAAAUAGAUGAUGCAGGAUUUGAAGAAACACAGGAACAGGAAGCAAAAGAGGAUGAAAAGCAGAAAAAUGAGAAAGCCUACCGAAAAUCAAGGAAAAAACACAAGAAAGAAAAAGAGAAGAAAAAGUCCAAAAGGAGAAAACGUGAGAAGCAUAAGCAUGGACAUGUGUCAGGAAGCUACAUGGCAUCAAAGAAGAGUCAACAUAACAGAAAAUUUAGAAGUAAAGAGUAUGAUGAGUACAGUACCUACAGUGAUGACAACUUUGGUAGCUACAGUCAGGAAACAGAGGAAGAUUUUGCCAGUCAGCUGAAACAAUACAGGCAAGCUAAAGAAACCUCGAAUACUUCUUUAGGAUCGUCUUUUUCUAAAGAACCAGGGAAAAAACAAAGAUUGAAAGGAAUUCAGCAAGGUACUGAGCAGAGGGUUAAAAGUUUUAAUGUUGCUCGUGGACGAGGUUUGCUGAAAAAAAUCAAACGCAAAGACCGUGGCGGAAGGGUCAACAAAGGGCCAAAUGUGUUUUCAGGAACUGAUGACUAUCAUGAGUAUAGUAAACCAGGGAAAAAAUGGAAGAUUAUGACUCAGGAAUUUAUUAAUCAACAUACAGUGGAACAUAAAGGAAAACAAAUCUGCAAAUACUUUCUGGAAGGGAGAUGUAUUAAGGGAGAUCAAUGUAAAUUUGAUCAUGAUGCAGAGUUGGAGAAGAGGAAAGAGAUUUGCAAAUUUUAUUUACAAGGAUAUUGUACCAAAGGAGAGAACUGCAUUUAUAUGCAUAAUGAAUUUCCAUGUAAGUUCUAUCACAGUGGAGCAAAAUGUUACCAAGGAGACAACUGUAAAUUUUCACAUGAUGAUCUGACUAAAGAAACAAAGAAACUUUUGGACAAAGUGUUGAAUACUGAAGAAGCUGCAAAUGAAGACGAAAGAGAAUUAGAAGAACUUAGAAAGCAUGGCAUAACUCCUCUUCCCAAACCACCUCCAGGAGUUGGACUUCUGCCAACCCCACUGGAGCAUUUUCCCUUUUCUGAUCCUGAAGAUGGUUUUCAGACAGAUCUCUCUGAUGAUUUUAAGAAAAUUCCAUCUCUUUUUGAAAUAGUUGUAAAACCUACUGUGGAUUUAGCACAUAAAAUUGGAAAGAAGCCACCAGCAUUUUAUAACAGUGCCUCGCCACCAGGACCACAAUUUCAGGAAAGCAGCCCACGUCCUCAACAUGUCUACAGUUCUGGGUCAAGUCCAGGUCCUGGCCCUAACAUGUCUCAGGGACACAACAGUCCUGUGAUGCACCCCGGCUCCCCCGGACACUGUCCUGGCCCACCAGUGCCACAGAGCCCACCUUUGCUGCCUGCCCCCCCAGGAACUGUGGGCCCUCACGGUCAGGCCGGAGUACUUGGUCAGCCGGAUACACCUUUGACACCACCAAGUAUGAGUGGUGCUUACCACUGCCCAGGCUUUCCAGAACACGCGAUGAGAGUACCUCGAGAGAAUCACUGCUCUCCAGGCUCAUCGCACCCGCCUGGUGAAAGGCAGCUCAGUACCAGCUAUGAGUCCUUACAAAACCCUGCUGAAUUUUAUGAUCAUUACUAUUCACAGCAUGCUGUCCAUAAUUUUCAGCCACCCAGUAGCUCUGGUGACGGGGCGUGGCACGGCGACUUUGCCCAGCACCAGGCUCCAGUUGUUCCAGGCUCACCUGACCGCGGGAGUGGGUCAGACAGCAGCGGUAACGUGACGGGCCGUGGCCCCCUGCCUGCGCUGGGCCUCCUCCCUGCUGUGCAGAGAGCUCUGUUCGUUAGACUUACUCAGAAAUACCAAGACGACGAAGAGCCAAGCAGCACCCAGCCUCAGAGGGCACCAAGCAAGGAAGAAGAUGAAACAGUUAACUGGUACUCCAGUAGUGAAGAGGAAGAAGGGAGCAGUGUGAAGUCAAUACUGAGAACAUUACAGAAACAAACAGAGACUUUGAGGAGUCAGCAGCAGCCUUCCACAGAACUUGGCACUCCUACUGACCCAAGACUUGCUAGAGAGAAGAAUAAGGGAAACCAAGUUGUCGACCCUAGACUUAGGACUAUCUCAAGGCAAGACAUUAGAAAAUCUUCUGAGUCUGCCCCACUGGAUCUCAGACUUGCAUGGGAUCCAAGGAAAUUAAGAGGGAAUGGAAGCGGUCAUGUCAGUUCUUCUGCUGGUGGAGCCAAGUUUGAUUCACAUCAUGGCAACACCGGUCCUAACAUCAGACACAAAAGAGGAGAUGAUGACGAUGAAGAUACAGAAAGAGAACUGAGAGAAAAGGCUUUCUUAAUACCUCUGGAUUCUUCCCCUGGUGCGAUGCUGCAGGACCCAAGGUCACAACUGAGACAGUUUAGUCACAUUAAAAUGGAUAUUACCCUAACCAAACCCAACUUUGCCAAACACAUCGUGUGGGCUCCAGAAGACUUACUACCAGUUCCUUUACCUAAACCUGAUCCAGUCUCUUCAAUCAAUUUACCUCUGCCCCCUCUUAUAGCUGACCAGAGGCUCAGUAGGUUAUGGAAUACAAAAAGUGAUCUUUGUCAAAAUACAGUGCCCACUGAUACAAAACUAGCAGCCAAAGUCAAAAUUAACACAGCAAACAGAGAAGGCUACCCAGACCAAUUUGGAGACUCACAUAGUUCAGGAAGUAAAUUAGGAGAUCCUAGGUUACAAAAAAAUUUUGAUCCUAGACUUCACAGACUGCACAAUACAGAGCCUCAUCAAGCAGUUAUGAAGGACCCCCAUAUGUCAAAGACUGCCCCUCCUUCAGGGGCCAGGUCACACCCAGGCUCAUCACAGCCCUCAGGGGCGGCACCUAGCAGUUCUGGUCCUGGGGCUUUACCUCCAUAUGCCCCCAAACUCUCAUCUUCAGCUGGCCUUCCCCUGGGCACUCCGGGUUCAGUCCUUAGCGGUAUUAGUUUGUAUGACCCCAGGGAACAAGGUUCAUCCUCUACAUCAGAGCUAGCAACAGAAAAUGCAGAGAACCAGAAAAAAAGCGGGAGUUUAAAAUGUAGUGACAAAAAUGAGCCUCCUCCCGGAGAAGCAAUCCUACCACAGAAAAUCGCUCCGAAUGUGGACAUCCCUGUUGACCGCCCAGCUGACCCACAGACGGAUGUUCGCCAGAGUUCCGGUACCGUUCAGGUUCCAGCAGUGCACAGCCUUCCCAUUCAGGCAUUAACAGGCUUAAUCAGACCCCAGUACAGCGAUCCCAGGCAGUCGAAGCAUCUGGGACAGGUGAGCCCCACCCCUGGUGAUGAUCCCAGCAAAGAAACGGAUGACAAAUCUCUGAAGGAGGUUUUUAAAACUUUUGACCCAACAGCUUCACCAUUUUGUUAGCUGUUGUGUAACCAAGCAGUUCUUUUCUCUCUCCUGACUGUUGCAGUCCCCUGCUGUUUUGUAACUGUUUUACCUCUAUAGUUUAUUUAUUUUUAAAUUAUAAACACUUUUCAGCUGCUAGUAUCAGAACCACACGAAGUUAUAUCCUCCAAAGCCUGUGGUAUUUUAUAUAGUAUUUUUAUAAUUUUAAGAGACUGUAGUCAUUGACAUAGAAGCCUAUAUAUCAUGUUAGUUUCAGUAAAAGUACUUUUAUUGUAAAUAAACCAUCAUGAACUCAACACUCUGCCUGAAUAUAUGCCACUUGUCUUUCAUAAUCAGUGUUUAGAUAAAUGAUCACCACUUUUAUAUGGUUGUUAGUUUCAAGCAAUAUAAUGUACAUUACUUUUCAGAAACAGUAUUUUGACUAGGAUCCUCUCAAUUUGUCAACACAGAACUGACUAAUAUGUAAUGCUAACUGCUAGCUUAAAUUUUAAAUGAAGUAAAGAAAACAUUUUUUUAAUCAUUAUUAGCAGAGCAGUUCAUGUUUAAGGGCAUCACUUUUAUUAUUACUGGCAAUAUUAUUUGUGUAAAUGAAGCAUUUGAAUGUCAUUAUCUUUUAAAUGUAUUUUAUGGUAUACUGUAUCAUAGAAGUUGGAGAUAUAUAAAUAGAAUGUUUUGCUAAAGUAAAAAAUUUCCAAAUUCUCUAACAUACCUUUUUAAAUUUAAUUUUUCAUAAUAAUAGUUAUGAGUUAUUGCUGUUACGUUAUGAUGUUUAUGCAUUCUGAUGUCUUUUGUCUUUAGCAGCAUAAUUUAUAUUACUUUUUCAAAUUGUGUAGCUGCAAUAAUUGUAUUCAUCAUGACUUUGGCAGUUUUUAACAAAAUUUUAAAAGAUCCAGUGUGUCUGUAGUGAUUUAUUGCAUUGAUAAUGUUUUAAGUGUGCAGGGUCUAUAUUUUUUCUUAAAUAGCGAAAAAUCACAGAGAUGGUAUAGUCAACUGUAUAUGGCUAUCAAUAAAGACUCUCUUUCAGAUCUCA